AUGGUCACCUGCCCCAGCACAAAGUCCGUCGACUGCCUUGCCGACUUCAAUGCUGCUCGAGAACGAGCAGGUCUCGAAGCCUUCACUGAGGAGAAGGAAGCAAACAAGAAACUGCCAACAGGGGAAUCAAGCUACAUAGACGAGAUUUGCUCUGCCAUAAAGGAGGCAAGCGGCCUGCAUUUGCCCUACCAUUGCCAGACGGACACCCAGAAGAAAUUGCCGACAGGAGAUGAAACCUACAUAGGAAAGAUUUGCUCUGCCAUACAGGAGGCAAGCGGCCUGCAUAUGUGCCACCAUUGCCGGGACAGUGAUUAA